AUAUUCUUGUUGAUAUGGAAGUUUUUUUUUUUGAUCAAAUUUGAUAUGGAAGUUAAUGAUGGUGAGCCAAUUAGAAGAUCGAUAUGUUAUAGCAACUCACCUACUUUAAUGAUUAACAUCGUCGUCAAACAUUUCUCAUUUAAUUAGCUGUUAAGAGAUCUAAAUCUAAAAUUACUAAAUCAAACUGUACGUUGAGAUACCAUUUUUAGGGGAGAGAGUCGUAACAGUAAAUAAAAUAAAAGUGUAUUUAUUACUCCUUAAGUCCUAUGCUCUUCUGUUCUGAUGUGAUUCUUCUUUUGCAUGUACCUCAUAGAUUGAUUUUUAUAAACACACAAGAAAGAACCAUCACCAUGCCUUCGGAGUUAACUCAGGAAGAACGAUCCGCCCUCGCACAAUCCAUCGCCGAGUUCCACACUUACCAGCUCGGUCCAGGAAGCUGCUCCUCACUCCACGCGCAGCGAAUCCACGCGCCGCCGGAGAUCGUAUGGUCAGUCGUCCGUCAGUUCGACAAACCGCAGACCUACAAACACUUCAUCAAAUCCUGCUCCGUCGAGGAAGGAUUCGAGAUGCGUGUUGGAUGCACGCGCGACGUGAUCGUGAUCAGUGGAUUGCCGGCGAACACGUCGACGGAGAGGCUCGAUAUACUCGACGACGAGAGGCGAGUGACGGGGUUCAGCAUCAUCGGAGGAGAGCAUAGGCUGGUGAAUUACAAGUCGGUGACGACGGUGCACAGGUUCGAGAAGGAGAGACGGGUAUGGACGGUGGUGCUCGAGUCGUACGUCGUGGAUAUGCCGGAAGGGAACUCGGAAGACGAUACAAGAAUGUUCGCUGAUACUGUCGUUAAACUGAAUCUGCAGAGAUUGGCAACUGUCACCGAAGCCAUGGCUCGUAACGCCGCCGGUGAGGGAGGCAGUUCAAAGGUGACUUAGACCAUUAACGAUGUAUUUCCCUAUUUUUUAGAGAAACUCUAUAAUAUAUAACAGAGAUAGAUUUUUGUCGGAUGUAUUUCUCUAUUUUUUUCUCUAAAAAUGAAUAUUCUUGAUAUAUUAUUUUUUAAUAUUAUAAAUAGUAUAUUUUAUUUGUGAAA